AUGGCGGGCAGCAAGAACGAGGAGGUGGCGGCGCUCGAGGCGCUGCGCGACUCGUCCGCGGAGCUGGUGCGCUACCUGGACAGCAUCAACGAGAAGCUGCUUCAGAUGAAUCAGCAGAACGAGAUGUCGCUGCGUGUGCUGGAGAACUGGUCCAGCGUCAUCGCCAUCUCCAAGGUUAGCUCGGCGUCUGCAGCGGCAGCGUCGGCCGGAAAGCCGCAGGCGGAGAAGGAGCUCGUGCGGACCUCACCCUAG